AUGCCAUUCUUGAAAGAGGAAAUGAGAGAAUUGUCGGAGAAGUACGCAUCCGUAGCUGAGCGUGCCGAGCAGUCUGAACGUGCUCUAGAGGAAUUGGGAGGACAUUUGAGCGAGUCGAAACUUCGCAUGUUGGAACUAGCAGAGGAAUUGCUACCCCUUUCCGAUGCCCAUUGGGCGAAUGACGCUGACGUCACACAGUGUACUGCGUGCUCCGAAAAGUUUUCGCUUGCAAAGCGUAAACACCAUUGCCGGUUUGUUUUU